UUUCAAAUGUAUCAGAUUUUCAUAUUCAUUCGAAAUCGAAAGACGCAAAUCAAAACCCUAACCCUAACUCUAACUCUAACUCUAACUCUAACUCUUUCAAUUGAAAGCAAAGAAGAAUGACGCAAAAAUCGAAACUUUUCAAGGGGCAAAGUAAGAAGAAAUCGAUCCCCGCUAAUCGUCAUGGCAAAGUUCCUCAGACUCGCAAGGGGAAGAGAUUCAUAAAGCCGUCUAAGGUUACAAAGGAUAUGGAUACUGAUCGUGAGGUGAGCAAAUUCAUUAACCAUUGCAAUGAGAUUAAAGCAGCGACUGGAGCUACGAAGGACGGUGGUUAUCUAAGCAUUGUUAAGACGACACCAGCGUCUGCAAGUGGGGCAGAUAAUUAGUUUGCGAUGCAGGGAUAGUUGUGAUACCUGAUUAUAUUAUAUCUUACGAUGAUACUCUUGUGUAAUUGUAAAAGCAAUUUUGAUAAUCUCAUCUUUUCUUACCUUGCCACCUA